AUUUUUUUUUAUAUUAUUUUUACUCUUGCAGGUGAGCACCUUUUUCUCUUGUUUGAAAUUCAAAAUUUGAAAGCUUUCCAGUUUCCGACAUGACAAAAUAAUACCCAGAACCCAUAUGCAAUAAUACAAGCAUUUCUCGAGCUUGGAGUUUCUUUUUUUUUUCUUUUGUUUUUGUUUCUUGCAGUUGGGAGCUUCCAUGGCAGAUUCAACUUGCCUCAUUCAGCACCCUUUCUCUUAUACUUCAGGUUUUCCUAAUGAAUCCAUGGAGGGCAACCAUCCAAUUCAUGCUCUCGGCCAGUCCGUCUCCUUCGGGAGAUUCAUGUCCGAGUCUUUGGCUUGGGAUAAAUGGUCCACUUUUUCCCACAAUCGCUAUGUUGAAGAAGCUGAGAAGUUCUCUCGCCCUGGAUCUGUUGCUCAGAAGAAAGCUUUCUUUGAAGCACAUUACAAGAAGAUUGCUGCUCAGCGGGCUGCCGCCUUGCUUGAGCAAGAAAAUGCUGCUGCGUCUUCCAACUCUGUCCAACAAACUGAAACUGUCGAUGAUGUUGGUGCCUGUGCUCCUCUGCAGCCCGCAAUGCCGUCCUCUGCCGGCGUCGAGCAACAUGGCAGUUGCGACGGUUCUGAUCUUAAGGAGGAGAAAGUUGGAAGCAGGGAGGUUGAGGGAGCUGAUUCUGGCAUUGCCCACCAAGUGUUCGACGAAAUUCCUCAGAAGGUUGAGCCGAAAAUUAAGGUUGAGGGUGUUGAUUUGAAUGGUGGGUUGACUGAAGUUGAGCUCAUUCGGACACCCCAGAUGGAAAAAUCUCUUCCUAAGAGUUCCCGCCAGAAUUUGGAGCAUCCGUCCACCAUUAGCAAGAAGAAAGCAGCUACUUCAUACCCAAAGCUUCCGUUGUUCAAUAGGUCAUCGAAGAUCCCAUCUACACCUGCCAAACCAAUUGCUCCAGCUUCGACUCCAAAACAAGUAGCAAACAAACAUGUAAUGGAGUCUGCAGAUAAAAGGAAGUCUACACCUAAAUCUCUUAGGAUGGCAGUGAACUUUACACCCAUUCGAGAGCUCAACAAGCUAACUUCAACAGUCAUAAGAAAGAUUGAACGUUCAAGAGUUGGGUCCAAUACUUCAAAACCAGCUAAAGAUUGCUCAACUCCUCUUAGAACACCGAACACGGCGUUGAAGAAUGUGCCCCAUAAGCAUCCUUCUACAACACCCUGGUCAGAAAAGAAAAGAAACAAAUCGUACUCGCCAUUUUCAUUCACACCUUUCAGCUUGAGAACCGAAGAAAGAGCAGCGAGAAGAAAGGAGAAACUUGAAGAGAAGUUCAACACAAAUGAGUCACAAAAAAAGGUGCAACUUCAAACAAAACUAAAGGAGAAAACCGAAACAGAAGUAAUAAAACUGCAUCAAAGCUCCUGCUUCAAAGCUAGGCCACUGCCCAAUUUUUACAGGGAGCGAAAAGCACAGAUGAACAACGAGCAGGUUCCCAAGACUCAUACCCCAUCGCCAAAAGUAGGAAGAAAGAUUAGUCCCAGAACAGGAGAAACCACAAUGCCCCAUUCAGGGUAUAUGCCUCCAGUUAAAAGCAGCAGAAGCAUGAAUAAGAGUGUUCAGGGAAAGGCUCGUUCUCCGUCACUACGAACUUUAAUGUCUGCUCAUGAGAACACAUCUCCUAAUAUUCAGCAGUGAAGGUCAAGCAGCAGAUUCCUUGAUGAAACCAUUUUCAUUUAUUCAUGAGAGGUAUGCAGAUCUCGACGUGUAUCCAUUUUGUUCUACUGGUAUAUCAGUCAAUCUUUAUGUAACAAAGCCUUGUUUGAUAUGAACUCUACUGUAUAAAAAUGUCGGUAUAUGUAAAGAACAUUGAUUUGAUGGGCUAUGAAGUUAUCAUUAUUCAUCAGAAUUCAACAAAGAAGUAGCCUGUUCCUAAUUUACUGCCUCUUCUACUCUUA